AUGAAGGGAAAUGUUGGGUUGAUUUUCACCAAGGGCGACUUGAAGGAAGUUAGCGAGGAGGUUGCCAAGUACAAGGUUGGAGCACCUGCUCGUGUUGGUUUGGUGGCACCUGUCGAUGUUGUUGUCCCACCUGGAAAUACUGGUCUUGAUCCAUCGCAGACUUCCUUUUUCCAGGUUCUCAACAUUCCCACCAAGAUUAACAAAGGAACUGUUGAAAUUAUCACCCCGGUUGAGCUUAUCAAGAAGGGUGACAAAGUGGGUUCAUCUGAAGCUGCUCUGCUUGCAAAACUUGGAAUCCGGCCAUUCUCUUAUGGUCUAGUUGUCCUAUCUGUUUAUGACAACGGAUCCGUUUUCAGCCCUGAAGUGCUUGAUCUGACUGAAGAUGACCUCAUUGAAAAGUUUGCUGUGGGCGUUUCCAUGGUUACUUCUCUGUCCCUUGCCAUCUCGUACCCGACACUGGCAGCUGCACCACAUAUGUUCAUUAAUGCUUACAAGAAUGUUUUGGCCGUUGCUGUUGAAACUGAUUACUCCUUCCCCCUGGCUGAUAAAGUUAAGGAAUAUCUUGAGGAUCCCAGCAAGUUUGCGGUUGCUGCUGCUCCGUCUACAGCUGCUGAUUCUGGUGGUGCACUGGCUCCAUCUGCCGAAGAGGAUAAGAAAGAGGAGCCGGCCGAGGAGUCUGAUGAUGACAUGGGUUUCGGUCUUUUCGAUUAAAAUCUGUGAUCAUAUCUUUAUUGUUAUGUUAUUCAGUUGUUUUCGACUUCACAUUACAGUUUACUACUAUUUUUAGGGUAAUGUUAAUUUUGGGUUUAGUUUGGAGUCGGAUUGUUGUUGCAAGAUAAAAACUUGCUCGCUGUUUUGAGAAUCUUUUAUUAUCGAAGUUUUUAUGAUGAAUUAGUUUCCUUAAA